AUGCAGCUGCUCGUUAUUGUUGAUAAUUUUUCUAGGGCUUCAGUAGUUUUACUGAGCGCUGUUUUCCUCUUGCAGGCAUUUGGACAGUCCUUCUCGAUUCACCGCAAAGUGGCUGAAGAUGGUGAAACACGCGAAGAGACUCUCCUCCAGGAGUCUGCAUCAAAAGAAGCUUAUUACCUCGGGAAGAUUUUGGAGAUGCAGAACGAGCUGAAGCAGAGCAGGGCAGUGGUCACCAACGUUCAGGCAGAGAAUGAGAGACUCACUGCUAUUGUCCAAGACUUGAAAGAGAACAACGAAAUGGUGGAACUACAGAGGGUACGAAUGAAAGAUGAAAUUCGAGAGUACAAGUUUCGAGAGGCGAGACUCCUACAGGACUACACGGAGCUUGAAGAAGAAAACAUCACUUUACAGAAACUGGUGUCCACACUGAAACAGAAUCAAGUUGAAUAUGAAGGCUUAAAGCAUGAGAUUAAACGAUUUGAGGAGGAGACAGUGUUGCUUAAUAGUCAGCUAGAAGAUGCCAUCCGGCUGAAGGAGAUUGCUGAGCAUCAACUGGAGGAAGCUCUGGAAACUUUAAAAAAUGAAAGAGAGCAAAAGAACAAUUUGAGGAAGGAACUCUCCCAGUAUAUCAACCUCAAUGACAGUAUGUAUAACAACCAUAUUAAUAUAUCAGUAGAUGGAUUGAAGUUUGCAGAGGACGGGGGUGAGCCCAACAAUGAUGACAAAAUGAACGGACAUAUCCACGGGCCUCUCGUGAAACUCAAUGGUGACUACCGAACUCCCACGGGUAGGAAAGGAGAAUCUCUGCACCCUGUCUCCGACCUCUUCAGUGAGCUCAACAUAUCAGAAAUACAGAAACUGAAGCAGCAACUCAUGCAGGUGGAGAGAGAGAAGGCCAUUCUCCUGGCAAACCUGCAGGAGUCUCAGACACAGCUGGAGCACACCAAGGGAGCCCUGACCGAGCAACAUGAGCGAGUCCACAGGCUCACGGAGCACGUCAACGCCAUGAGGGGACUGCAGAGCAACAAGGAGCUGAAAGCUGAGCUUGACUGUGAGAAGGGCCGAGACCCCGGCGAGGAAGCACACGACUAUGAAGUGGACAUCAAUGGCUUGGAGAUCCUAGAAUGUAAAUACAAAGUAGCUGUUACUGAGGUGAUAGACCUUAAAGCAGAAAUCAAAGCCUUAAAGGAGAAAUAUAAUAAAUACGUGGAAAACUACACUGAAGAGAAGGCCAAGUAUGAGAGCAGAAUCCAGACGUAUGACGAACAGGUGACAAACCUGGAGAAGUCAACCAAGGAAAGCCAGGAAAAAAUGGUCCACAUGGAAAAGGAAUUGCAAAGGAUGACAAGCAUAGCAAAUGAAAACCAUAAUACCCUCAACACUGCCCAGGACGAGCUGGUGACAUUUAGCGAGGAGCUGGCUCAGCUCUACCAUCACGUCUGCCUGUGCAACAACGAGACACCAAACAGGGUCAUGUUGGACUAUUACAGGCAAAGCAGAGUGACCCGCAGCGGGAGCCUGAAAGGACCGGACGACCCUCGAGGUCUCCUUUCCCCACGGCUUGCCAGAAGGGGGGUGGCGUCGCCUGUAGAAGCCAGGACCCCGACCGAGCAGGUGACAAAAGAAGCCACAGAGCCUGGCAAGGAACAGAGCCCGACGAAAACACCUACCAUUUCUCCUGUCAUCACAGCCCCUCCUUCCUCCCCUGUCUCCGAUACCAGUGACAUCCGUAAAGAGCCGAUGAACAUCUACAACCUCAAUGCCAUAAUAAGGGACCAAAUCAAGCACUUGCAGAAGGCUGUCGAUCGGUCACUGCAGCUGUCGCGCCAGCGUGCUGCAGCUCGGGAGCUGGCGCCCAUGAUCGAUAAAGACAAGGAGGCCUUAAUGGAAGAGAUACUGAAACUGAAAUCACUCCUGAGUACGAAGCGGGAGCAGAUCGCAACGCUGAGAGCAGUGCUGAAAGCCAACAAGCAGACAGCUGAAGUGGCACUAGCCAAUUUGAAGAAUAAAUAUGAAAAUGAAAAAGCAAUGGUGACUGAAACCAUGACCAAACUACGGAAUGAAUUGAAGGCUUUGAAGGAAGAUGCAGCAACCUUCUCAUCCUUGAGAGCAAUGUUUGCAACCAGAUGUGAUGAGUACGUCACGCAGCUGGAUGAGAUGCAGAGGCAGCUAGCAGCUGCGGAGGAUGAGAAGAAGACCCUAAACUCUCUGUUGCGCAUGGCUAUCCAGCAAAAACUUGCCCUUACUCAGCGACUGGAGGAUUUAGAGUUCGACCAUGAGCAGUCCCGACGCAGCAAAGGCAAGCUUGGAAAGAGCAAGAUCGGCAGCCCUAAAGUAAGUGAGGAGGCAUCAGCCACCGUGCCAAGCAUAGACACUUUCCUCCUGCAUAGUCAGGGCCCACAGCAACCAAACUUACUGGUCAGCAGUGGCACUCAGAGGAAAAGACUAUUCUCACCUUCCCUUUGUGAUCAGAGCCAUCCCAGGACUUCAGGGACCUACCUCCAGAAAUUAUUAAGAGCCCCCCCUCAUCCCGCCUCCACAGAAUCAUAUCUUCUGAGGGGCCCCCCUUCCAUGAGUGAAUUCAUCCAUGGGCACCGUCUCAGCAAGGAAAAAAGGUUAACCGUGGCCACACCAGAUUGUCAGCAGCCUGCUGCCUCCAUACCGCCACACGGCUCACAACUAGCCAGGGGGCCAGAUUGCCAGACUGUCAGUCCUAAUGCUCUUCCAGAAGAGCAGCCACAUUCCAGCUCUCAGUGUGCCCCUCUCAACUGUCUCUCUAAGCCUCCUCCUUACCCCUAA